AUGUCCCAUAGAAAUCUAACAUCUAAUUAUCCUGAAGGUGAUAAUGACAAUCAAGAGAAUCCCUUCAUAAAUCCAAUAGAAGAACAAAGUUCUGAUUCUUUCGUUUCAAAUCACCAAAGUUCUAGCCAAUCUGAUGAUGAUCAAUUUCAAUAUGGUCGUCCAUUUAAUGCUUAUAAUGGAUAUUAUAGUAAUAAUGAAACCACUUCACAUUUAUUAAAUAAAGAGAAUCGUUCUAAUGAUAACAUGAUAAAUCAAAGUUUAUUAAAUAGGGAUUCUAGUUAUAAUAAUUUAAACACUGUUGGUAAUAGAAAUAGUGCAAGUCUUUUAGGUGGGUCAGGAUCUAAUAAUAAUAUUCAAGUUCCAUCAGAAUAUGAUAGAUAUCCUUCGGUAGUAGGCUCACGAGUGGUAUCAUCAACAUCAUUAUCAUCAAAUUUCUUUAAUGGUGCUAAUAAUAGUGGUAAUUCUAAUAUACCUCCUGGUUUAGCAACUAACGGCAUGUCGGGUUCAAAAAGUGAAGACGGUUCAUCAAUCUCCAAUAAAUCUUCAAAUCCUUUUGUUGCCUCCACAGAUUUCUCACCUUUUGGUGGUUAUCCAGCAUCUUCAUUUCCUUUACAUAUUGAUGAAAAGGAACCUGAUGAUUAUUUACAUAAUCCUGAUCCUAUAGCUGAUGCGGAAUAUGAUAAAAAUAGAUUCAUUUAUGAUCUUAAGAAUCUAGAUAAAAGAUCCUUAGGUGGGUUAUUGGGGUUUGUGGUAUUAUUUAUUGCUGCUAUAGGUGUUUUCAUUGUUUUACCCGUAUUAACUUAUUCAGGGGUAACCGAACAUUAUGUUCCUGAAAGUUAUGAAAUCUUAACCAAUUAUAAAUAUCCUUUAUUAUCAGCCAUAAGAACUUCAUUGAUUGAUCCAGAUUCUCCUGAAGAUGCUUUAAAAAAGAAAUCAAGAAAUGGUGAUACUUGGAAUUUAGUUUUCUCCGAUGAAUUCAAUGCUGUUGGAAGAACUUUUUAUGAUGGUGAUGAUCAAUUUUUCACUGCUCCUGAUUUCCAUUAUGCUGCCACUCAAGAUUUAGAAUGGUAUGAUCCUGAUGCUGUUACUACUGAUAAUGGUACUUUAAUUUUGAGAAUGGAUGCUUACAAGAAUCAUGAUUUAUUUUAUCGUUCCGGUAUGGUUCAAAGUUGGAAUAAAUUAUGUUUCAAUGAAGGUUUGAUUGAAAUUUCUGCUAAAUUACCUAACUAUGGUAAUGUAUCUGGUUUAUGGCCAGGUUUAUGGACCAUGGGUAAUUUAGGUAGACCAGGUUAUAUGGCUUCAACUGAAGGUGUUUGGCCAUAUACUUAUGAUUCCUGUGAUGCUGGGAUUACUGCUAAUCAAUCAUCUCCUGAUGGGAUUUCUUAUUUACCUGGUCAAAAAUUAAAUGUUUGUACUUGUAGAGGUGAAGAUCAUCCAAAUGCUGGUACUGGUAGAGGUGCUCCAGAAAUUGAUUUAUUAGAAGGUGAGGUUUCUUCAGCUUUAGCUGUAGGGGUUGCUUCACAAUCUAUGCAAGUUGCUCCUUAUGAUAUUUGGUAUAUGCCAAAUUAUGAUUUCGUGGAAAUUUAUAAUCAAACUGUUACAACUAUGAACACUUAUGCUGGUGGUCCAUUCCAACAAGCUGUUUCCGCUGUUACAACUUUAAACACUACUUGGUAUGAAAGAGGUGCUGGAGAACAUAGGUUCCAAAAUUAUGCUUAUGAAUAUUUGAAUGAUGAUGAUGAUGGUUAUUGUACUUGGUAUGUUGGAGAAGAACCAACAUUUACAGUUUAUUCAAAAGCUUUAUCACCAAAUGGUAAUAUUGGUUGGAGAAGAAUUUCUAAAGAACCAAUGUCAAUCAUUAUGAAUUUAGGUGUUUCAAAUAAUUGGGCUUAUAUUGAUUGGGCUUCACUUGUUUUCCCUUCUGAAAUGUCAAUAGAUUAUGUUAGAAUCUAUCAACCUCCAGGAAAAGAAUCCAUGACAUGUGACCCAGACCAUGCUCCAACUAAUGACUAUAUUCAAGCACAUUUGAAUGCUUAUUACAAUGUUAAUUUAACAAGUUGGGAAAAAGCUGGUUAUACAUUCCCCAAAAAUAAGUUAACAAGUAAUUGUUAA